GGGUGACGUUUUGAAUCAACCGUAGCGAAGUCCGAAGUUUACAACAAGCCACAGGCGAAGAAAAUCGUGUCUGUACGAUUUGGCAAUCACCCUUUAAAUUUUUUUCCGAUUUCAUCUCAUUCCCUUUUUACCUCGUAAGACCUCCUUUCAGCAAGGAGAGUGAUUGGGUCGCCGUUAAGAAGAGAAGUAACACUCGUGGCUCGUGACGAUUCGAUGCAACUUGGCGAAGUCCGCACUGCGAAGGCAGGCGAUUUUGAGCAUUUUCGUCGACUGGCAGACAGCGUCGAAGGCUGGAAUUUACAGUAUGAUAAACAGGGAACGAAGGUGUACUCCAAAGUCAAAGAGGGCUCUACGGUUAGGCUCAUAAAGGUGGUCACCAGCUUCCAAGAUGUGUCACUCUCAUUAAUGUAUGAUGUUCUUCAUGAUGCAGACUACAGGAGAAUUUGGGAUGAUAAUAUGCUAGAGUGUUAUGAAAUUUGUCAACUGGACAGAUAUAAUGACAUAGGUUACUACUCAAUUAAAUGCCCAUCUCCAAUGAAAAACAGAGAUUUUGUAACUCAGAGGUCUUGGUAUUGGGAAGAAGAUCACUUCAUUAUUUUUAAUCACACAGUGCAUCACAAGGAUGUACCUUCAAAGAAAGGCUUAAUCCGUGGUAAUUCAAUUCUUAGUGGAUAUUAUGUACGUAGAAUAGGAGAUGGUUGUUCUCUUACAUACGUCUCGCAAGUGGAUCUGAAAGGGAUCUUACCCAAGUGGAUAGUUAACAGGGCAUCAACAAAGAUUGCUCCAAAGGUUGUAACCAAGGUUCACAAAGCUGCUCUAGGUUAUCAAGCAUGGAAAUCUAUACAUGCACCAAGCUACAAACCAUGGCUUUGGCCAGAGCAAAGCAUUCUCCCUAAGCUCCGUCCAGAUGAUGUGCAGUCUGUCGGCAGUGAGUCACCAAGUGCAUCUGACCAGGAGCAAGAGGUUAUAGGUGAUGACCCAAAUGGCUAUGCUUCCAGUGAUGAUGACAACAUAAUGCUUUGACAAUGGAAUUGAAAUUCCAAAUUCAAUUGUCAAAUAAUAUAAGAUUACAAAGCCACUGACUUUCAUGCAGUGAACAUUAUUUUUGCUUAGCAGUGUAAAUCUUGAUGGAAAAAAUUUGGAAAAAAUCCUAUAAAAGAACUUGUAUAAAAGUGUAGCUAGAGAAUAAAGCUUAGUAAUUCAGUACAAAAUUUUCCACAAUUUGGAAAGCAUAGUUUUAAUGUAGAGGUUCAGAUGAUUGUGAAUAUUCAUUGAAGCAAAGGAGUUUUUGCAGGUAGGAAGAACUCUUGCCCUGGCCCCAUCAGUAAAGAUGUGUAAAAUAUACAAAUAUACAAACUAGGGAAUUUUUUGUGGUAGGUAUUAAGUGGUUCUAACCAUGGUGUGUUAGUCUCUUAGUUUAUAGCUUCAGUGUAUUAUUUAGCAGUUUAUCAACAUUCAAAUUCUAUGUGUGUUUUCAUGCAUUUCUUGCAGAGCUGUUCAUUUACAAUAAAUUAUUUUCAUUGUGCACACUCUACGGUCCAGAUUUAAUAACUUGCCACCAUCUUUUUUUCUUUUUUCAAAUUCUAAGUUUAGAAUUGUCGUUUUGGGAUUUAUGAGUCAUGCAAAAGUGUGCCCAAGGCACAUUAAUGUAAAUAAGGUUACAUGAAUGUCCAUGUGGUAAAUGAACCUACUGAUAGUGGUCCCUAAACUUAAAACAUAGAUCCAUGCUGUUCGUUAAGGCUUUAUAAUUAUUGAUCUAAAAUUUAGACCAACCUGUUACUCUUUCUUAUGAAAAGAAAUGUUGAACAUUAUCUUGUACCAUUCAACUGCUUUUAUUUAUAUGUAGGACAGUUGCACUUAAACUUUACAAUCUCAUUGCCAAUUCAGUAACAAUUUUAUAAUUAUUUAUUGGUAAAUGUUGUCAUAAUAGUGGGUUUGAAAUAUAUACCAUCAAAAUUGGCGCUGUGCUCUUCAAUAACAUACAAACUUUAAGGUUGGAGAUACAUUUACGUCAUUGCCUUUAACCGUGUUCUGGACACUUUAGGAAAUGGGUGCAAUGUUUCGAAUAGUCCCAAGAUCAGAGGAUUAAGUUUUAAAUUGGUGUUAUUCUUUUCUUCUUUAAGAUGUUCUUUGUUACUGACAGCUUCGCGAAACUAAAUUACAAGUUUGGCUCCGAGUCUCAGAGUUUAUAAGAAACAUUUUGAAAGGGAUGGUACUGUUAACUUGACUUAAUAUAUACUGUGUGUAACUGCACUACCCACCAACAUGAUCUGUUCCAAUUUCUGUUGAGUAAUAGUUGUAAUGCUAGUAUACUGAGGAACCCUUUAUCAACAUGUAACUUCUCCCCAGAAAAUCCAAAGAACAUUCCGCAAACAGACAAUGAGAGUACUCAAACUUAUCAGGUAGUUGUUAUCUUGAUCUGAAGUCAAAUUCUCUUAACUCAUUUACAGAGAAACUUUUAGCAGCUAAUGGGAGAAUUAAUAAUCAAAGGGUUAAUAAUCUGUUUCUUCUCAAGGUAAUCCUAGGGGCAAACCUAUGGCUCUACCAAAUUUAACCUUUUCUUUUUCAAUUUCUGCGAGAUACCUAAGGUUGAAUUUGUCCGUCUGAAGAGUGGAGCUGUUGAGCUUUAAGUUAUUGUAGAGAGAGACAAUUCUUCAGUGUAAAGGGCUAUGUCAUCGUAGUUUUGGUCAUUCUACAUAUUUGUUAGAUGUGUUUGGUUCUGAAAGUCAAUGUUCUAUCUCCUCUAGCACUGACAAGUAAUCUUGUCUUUCGAGCUGUAUGGAAAGUGUUUUCUACCAAGACAACUUGGGGAAUAUACACAAUAUUUUCAGGCAUAGCCCCAUGCCACUUUUUCUUCGUUGUUAAUAUGUACUUAUUCCUUGUUCCUGUUAGCUAGUCAGUUUAAAAUUGCAUGAGAGGUGCCUUGACCCUUCAGCUUUAUACAGUCAAAAACAUGUAACACCGCCUUAAAGUAUAAGUACAUUAGCUCACAUGU